CGCAGGCGGCCGGAGGACAGCCUGGGCCCCAGAAGCAGGAUGAGAAGAUGGCAGACGUCCUGGUACCUCGGGGCCCCAGCAGCUUCCACAGGUUCACCCGGGAGUCUCUGGCGGCCAUCGAGAAGCGCAUGGCGGAGAAGCAAGCCCGGGGCUCGGCCACCCUGCAGGAGAGCCGGGACGGGCUGCCCGAGGAGGAGGCUCUCCAACCCCAGCUGGACCUGCAGGCCUCGAAAAAGCUGCCGGAUCUCUACGGCAACCCGCCCCGAGAGCUCCUCGGGGAGCCCCUGGAGGACUUGGACCCCUUCUAUAGCACCCAAAAGACCUUCAUCGUGCUGAAUAAAGGCAAGACCAUCUUCCGGUUCAGUGCCACCAACGCCUUGUACGUCCUCAGCCCCUUCCACCCCAUCCGGAGAGUGGCCGUGAAGAUCCUGGUUCAUUCGCUCUUCAGCAUGCUCAUCAUGUGCACCAUCCUGACCAACUGCGUGUUCAUGGCCCAGCACGACCCUCCACCCUGGACCAAGUAUGUCGAGUACACCUUCACUGCCAUUUACACCUUUGAGUCUCUGGUCAAGAUACUGGCCCGAGGCUUCUGCCUGCAUGCGUUCACCUUCCUUCGGGACCCGUGGAACUGGCUGGACUUCAGCGUGAUUAUCAUGGCAUACACAACUGAAUUUGUGGACCUGGGCAAUGUCUCAGCUUUACGCACCUUCCGAGUCCUCCGGGCCCUGAAAACUAUAUCAGUCAUUUCAGGCCUGAAGACCAUUGUGGGGGCGCUGAUCCAGUCCGUGAAGAAGCUGGCCGAUGUGAUGGUCCUCACCGUCUUCUGCCUCAGCGUCUUCGCCCUCAUCGGCCUGCAGCUCUUCAUGGGCAACCUGAGACACAAGUGCGUGCGCAACUUCACGGAGCUCAACGACACCAAUGGCUCCGUGGAGGCCGGCGGCCAGGUCUGGGACUCGCUGGACCUCUACCUCAACGAUCCAGAAAAUUACAUGCUCAAGAACGGCACCAGCGACGUGUUACUGUGUGGGAACAGCUCUGACGCCGGGACGUGUCCCGAGGGCUACCGGUGCCUGAAGGCAGGCGAGAACCCCGACCACGGCUACACCAGCUUCGACUCCUUCGCCUGGGCCUUCCUGGCCCUCUUCCGCCUGAUGACGCAGGACUGCUGGGAGCGCCUCUACCAGCAGACCCUGAGGUCCGCAGGGAAGAUCUACAUGAUCUUCUUCAUGCUUGUCAUCUUCCUGGGCUCCUUCUACCUGGUGAACCUGAUCCUGGCUGUGGUCGCCAUGGCCUACGAGGAGCAAAACCAAGCCACCAUCGCUGAGACGGAGGAGAAGGAAAAACGAUUCCAGGAGGCCAUGGAGAUGCUCAAGAAAGAGCAGGAGGCCCUCACCAUCAGGGGUGUGGACAGCGUGUCCCGCAGCUCCUUGGAGAUGUCUCCUCUGCCCCCAGUCACCGCCCACGAGAAAAGGAGCAAGAGGGGGAAACGAUUGUCUUCGGGGACGGAGGAGUGUGGGGAUGAUAGGCUUCCCAAGUCGGACUCGGAGGAUGGCCCCAGAGCAAUGAACCACCUCGGCCUCACCCAGGGCCUCAACAGGACCUCCGUGAAGUCAUACUCCAGGCGAGGGAGCAUUUUCACCUUUCGCCGGCGAGAUACGGGGUCGGAGACAGAUUUUGCCGAUGAUGAAAACAGCACGGCGGGGGACAGCGAGAGCCACCGCACGUCACUGCUGGUGCCCUGGUCCCUGCGCAGGCCUAGUGUCCAGGCACAGCCCAGUCCUGGGACCUCAGCUCCCAGCCACGCCCUCAAUGGCAAAAGGAACAGCACCAUCGAUUGCAAUGGGGUGGUCUCCUUGCUGGGGGCAGGCGACCCUGAGGCCACCUCCCCAGGGAGCCACCUCCUCCGCCCCAUGAUGCUGGAGCGCCCCCCAGACACGACCACUCCGUCGGAGGAGCCAGGCAGACCCCAGAUGCUGACGCCCCCGGCUCCGUGCAUGGAUGGCUUCGAGGGGCCAGGAGAGCGGCAGCGGGCCCUCAGCGCAGUCAGCGUCCUCACCAGCGCCCUGGAAGAACUGGAGGAGUCUCACCGCAAGUGCCCGCCAUGCUGGAACCACUUCGCCGAGCGCUACCUGAUCUGGGAUUGCUGCCCCCUGUGGAUGUCCAUCAAGCAGAAAGUGAAGUUCAUGGUCAUGGACCCCUUCGCCGACCUCACCAUCACCAUGUGCAUCGUGCUGAACACGCUCUUCAUGGCCCUGGAGCACUACAACAUGACGACGGAAUUUGAGGAGAUGCUGCAGGUCGGAAACCUGGUCUUCACCGGGAUCUUCACCGCAGAGAUGACCUUCAAGAUCAUCGCUCUCGACCCCUACUACUACUUCCAGCAGGGCUGGAACAUCUUCGACAGCAUCAUCGUCAUCCUCAGCCUCAUGGAGCUGGGCCUGUCCCGCAUGGGCAACCUGUCGGUGCUGCGCUCCUUCCGCCUGCUGCGGGUCUUCAAGCUGGCCAAAUCAUGGCCCACGCUGAACACACUCAUCAAGAUCAUCGGCAACUCGGUGGGGGCCCUGGGGAACCUGACGCUGGUGCUGGCCAUCAUCGUGUUCAUCUUCGCCGUGGUGGGCAUGCAGCUCUUCGGCAAAAACUACUCAGAGCUGAGGCACCGCAUCAGCGACCCGGGCCUGCUGCCCCGCUGGCACAUGAUGGACUUCUUCCAUGCCUUUCUCAUCAUCUUCCGCAUCCUCUGUGGCGAGUGGAUCGAGACCAUGUGGGACUGCAUGGAGGUGUCUGGGCAGUCACUGUGCCUGCUGGUCUUCUUGCUUGUGAUGGUCAUUGGCAACCUUGUGGUCCUGAACCUCUUCCUGGCUCUGCUGCUCAGCUCCUUCAGCGCAGACAACCUCACGGCCCCGGACGAGGACGGGGAGAUGAACAACCUGCAGCUGGCCCUGGCCCGGAUCCAGCGAGGCCUGCGCUUCCUCAAGCGGACCACCUGGGACUUCUGCGGGAAGGCGCCCCCGGCCCGCAAGGAGACCCGGUUCGAGGAAGGCCAGCGGCCAGGCCAGGGCCCCCCGGGGGAUCCGGAGCCCGUGUGCGUGCCCAUUGCCGUGGCUGAGUCAGACACGGAUGACCAAGAGGAAGAUGAGGAGAAUAGCCUGGGCACCGAGGAGGAGUCCAGCAAGCAGGAACCCCAGCCUGUGUCCAGCGGCCCAGAGGCCCUUCCGGAGCCCAGGGCCUGGAGCCAGGUGUCAGAGACCGCCUCCUCCGAGGCCGAGGCCAGGUGCAGUGAGACCCACGAGGACAGCUACUCCGAGGGGAGCACAGCAGACAUGACCAUCACCGCUGACCUCCUGGAGCAGACCCCUGACCUCGGCGAGGAUGUCAAGGACCCGGAGGACUGCUUCACCGAAGGCUGUGUCCGGCGCUGUCCCUGCUGCACGGUGGACACCACGCAGGCCCCAGGGAAGGUCUGGUGGCGACUGCGCAAGACCUGCUACCACAUCGUGGAGCACAGCUGGUUCGAGACCUUCAUCAUCUUCAUGAUCCUGCUCAGCAGUGGAGCUCUGGCCUUCGAGGACAUCUACCUGGAGGAGCGGAAGACCAUCAAGGUUCUGCUCGAAUACGCCGACAAGAUGUUCACUUACGUCUUCGUGCUGGAGAUGCUGCUCAAGUGGGUGGCCUACGGCUUCAAGAAGUACUUCACCAACGCCUGGUGCUGGCUCGACUUCCUCAUCGUGGACGUCUCGCUGAUCAGCCUGGUGGCCAACACCCUGGGCUUCUCUGAGAUGGGCCCCAUCAAGUCGCUGCGGACAUUGCGGGCGCUCCGGCCCCUGCGAGCCCUGUCCCGGUUCGAGGGCAUGAGGGUGGUGGUCAAUGCCCUGGUGGGCGCCAUCCCGUCCAUCAUGAACGUCCUCCUCGUCUGCCUCAUCUUCUGGCUCAUCUUCAGCAUCAUGGGCGUGAACCUCUUCGCGGGGAAGUUUGGGAGGUGCAUCAACCAGACGGAGGGGGACAUGCCUUUAAACUACACCCUCGUGAACAACAAGAGUGACUGUGAGUCGUUCAACAUGACCGGCGAGUUGUACUGGACCAAGGUGAAAGUCAACUUUGACAACGUGGGGGCUGGGUACCUGGCCCUGCUGCAGGUGGCAACAUUUAAAGGCUGGAUGGACAUUAUGUACGCGGCUGUGGACUCCAGGGGGUAUGAAGAGCAGCCCCAGUGGGAAUACAACCUCUACAUGUACAUCUACUUUGUUGUGUUCAUCAUCUUCGGGUCCUUCUUCACCCUGAACCUCUUCAUCGGCGUCAUCAUUGACAACUUCAACCAACAGAAGAAAAAGUUAGGGGGCCAGGACAUCUUCAUGACAGAGGAGCAGAAGAAGUACUACAACGCCAUGAAGAAGCUGGGCUCCAAGAAGCCCCAGAAGCCCAUCCCUCGGCCUCUGAACAAGUACCAGGGCUUCGUAUUUGACAUUGUGACCAAGCAGGCCUUUGAUGUCACCAUCAUGUUUCUCAUCUGCUUGAACAUGGUGACCAUGAUGGUGGAGACAGAUGACCAAAGCUUGGAGAAGAUCAACAUCUUGGGCAAGAUCAACCUGCUCUUCGUAGUCAUCUUCACGGGCGAGUGUAUCAUCAAGAUGGGUGCCCUGCGGCACUAUUACUUCACCAACAGCUGGAACAUCUUCGACUUCGUGGUUGUCAUCCUCUCCAUUGUGGGCACUGUGCUCUCGGACAUCAUCCAGAAGUACUUCUUCUCCCCAACACUCUUCCGAGUCAUCCGGCUGGCCCGAAUCGGCCGCAUCCUCAGGCUGAUUCGCGGGGCCAAGGGGAUCCGCACGCUGCUCUUUGCCCUCAUGAUGUCCCUGCCUGCCCUCUUCAACAUCGGGCUGCUGCUCUUCCUCGUCAUGUUCAUCUACUCCAUCUUCGGCAUGGCCAACUUCGCUUAUGUCAAGUGGGAGGCUGGCAUCGACGACAUGUUCAACUUCCAGACCUUCGCCAACAGCAUGCUGUGCCUCUUCCAGAUCACCACAUCGGCUGGCUGGGAUGGUCUCCUCAACCCCAUCCUCAACACGGGGCCCCCCUACUGCGACCCCAAUCUGCCCAACAGCAAUGGCUCCCGGGGGAACUGUGGGAGCCCAGCCGUGGGCAUCCUCUUUUUCACCACCUACAUCAUCAUCUCCUUCCUCAUCGUGGUCAACAUGUACAUCGCCAUCAUCCUGGAGAACUUCAGCGUGGCCACAGAGGAGAGCACUGAGCCCCUGAGCGAGGAUGACUUUGACAUGUUCUAUGAGAUCUGGGAGAAGUUCGACCCGGAGGCCACCCAGUUCAUUGAGUACACGGCCCUGUCCGACUUUGCCAACGCCCUGUCUGAGCCGCUGCGUAUCGCCAAGCCCAACCAGAUCAGCCUGAUCAAUAUGGACCUGCCCAUGGUGAGUGGGGACCGUAUCCACUGCAUGGACAUCCUCUUUGCCUUCACUAAGAGGGUCCUGGGGGAGUCCGGGGAGAUGGACGCCCUGAAGAUCCAGAUGGAGGAGAAGUUUAUGGCGGCCAACCCAUCCAAGAUCUCCUACGAGCCCAUCACCACCACGCUCCGGCGCAAGCACGAGGAGGUGUCGGCCACCAUCAUCCAGCGGGCCUUCCGGAGGCACCUGCUGCAGCGCUCCAUGAAGCACGCCUCCUUCCUCUUCCGCCAGCAGGCGGGCAGCAGCGGCCUCUCCGAGGAGGAUGCCCCUGAGCAAGAGGGCCUCAUCGCCUGCAAGAUGAAUGAGAACUUCUCCCAGCGCCUUGGCCCGCCCUCCAGCUCCUCCAUCUCUUCCACAUCCUUCCCCCCUUCCUAUGACAGUGUCACCAGGGCCACCAGUGACAACCUCCAGGUGCGGGUGUCUGACUACAGCCGCAGUGAAGAUCUCGCGGACUUCCCCGCAUCCUCAGACAGGGACCGAGAGUCUAUGGUGUGAGCCUCGCCCAGGCUGGCCAAGACACCCCGAAAGGCAGCCUGUUGCCUCGAGGCAAACCCAUGUGCAGCCAGAAGCCAGCACCUGCAGGGCCUUCUUUGUUUGGGGCUUCAGGAGUGAGAGAUGAGCCUCAGCCCCGUGGGUCGACAAGGCAGAGUUCUAUAGCACCCGCGUUGAUGGCUGGGAGCAGUUGGCCAUGCCCACCACUUGGGGCGGCCUGUCCCUGGAGACCCCCACUCAUACCAGUGGCCUGGUCUGGUCAGGCAACACCCUGGGGCUCUGAAAAGCAACCCCACCCCAGCUGCUGCGGCAAAAUAGAAAAUGAAGACUGUAUAUGUUGUGAAUGGCUUUCAUAAAUUUAUUAUAUUUGAUAUUUUUUUACUUGAGCAAAGAACUAACGUUUUUUUCCGUGGACCUGGGCAGCAACUCAAACUGCUCUUCCAAACUCUGCACAGGUGUGAACUGUUCCCAAAGGCUGCUGGGACUCAGUUCUCAAAGCAGAAGUGGGAUCGGUGUGGCUCCCACAGGCCUUCACUGCAGCAAGGGGGUCCCCUGCCACUCGGGCUGCAGACCAGGAGGGCUGAACCCCUCUUCUCACACACAUGUGCACACACAGGCCACACACCAGCUGCUCUCAGACGAGUGCCAGGGAGCCCAGCCCCAAGGAGACAGACCUUUCCUCCCAGCCCCACGUGGUGUCUUGUCAGCGGGGAGGGACUCCCUCCGGCCUUCCAUCGUCCCCAAGGUCCUGCUUUCCCCUGUGUUUUUAGGCAGGACCUAGUAGGACACACUGAAAAGUAGCCUCGCAGGGUCGGUUCUACAAAAGCAGAAGGCUUCCAGAAGAGAGGUCCCACGGCUGGUCCUGGGGGCCGAAGCUUGGCCUCUGUACGAGUAUUAACAUAAAACUGACGGGCCUGAGGGAGCCGGUCCAUCCGCAGCCUGGCACCCAGCUGUUCUUGCUCCCGAGCCUGGCAGACCCUGCCCACAGGCCGGGUAAAGAAGGCUGAGCACCGUGGGGUUGGGGCUAAGAAGCUCAACAGCCCUCGGCCCAUGUGAAGAGGGGAACCUGUUAUCAUGGCCAGAGUUCUCUUUCCGGACUUUCUCCCUCUAACCAUGGGGGCGAGGUGAUUCCUGUGUGGUCCCAGCUCCUCUCCAAACGCAGCCGUGGGAGUGGGGAGAGCAGCCUGGGUCCUAGGCAGGGGUGAGCAGGCCUGUCCCCGUGCCCUGGGUGGGGAAUGAACCCUGGGACCCCUUGGGAAGGGAGCAGUGUGGCCUUGGCCCAGCCCCUCCGGCUCAGCUUGGGGUCCUGGUGGCACCUGCACACAGGAUCUCCUGGGGGAGGGUCCAGGCUGUCCCACAGGUCUUGUCUGAAGGCUUUUUCAGGGAAAAACACUUUUUUCUAGUCCAGUAACCCCCCAGGGGCCUCUUCAGCUGCUGACAAUCCUAUUUAGCAUAUGCAAAUCUUUUCAUGUGGAGAGCUGUCACCCUGAGAGUGACAGCGUGGGCGGGUGGGCGGAGCCUGAGCAGGCAGGAGCUGGGCUGCCCCCUUCCAGCUCUCCAGCGAGGCCGCCCACCUCCGCGGGGCAUCCAACCUCACAGGCCGCCCGGGAAGCCGGACACGGGCUGCUCCCAACCUACCUCUCCGAGCUGUCAGAGGGCUGGACGUUCUGAGCUCAUGGCAGUGCCAGUGGCGUUGCCAGUGAGUCAAGUAUUACAAUUCUCCUUGUCACCCCAGCCCCAGCCCCACUCCACUCCAGUGAUUUCCUUCCUGCCCCUGCUCCCUCUGAGUCCAGCGCGGGACAAGGUUUGAACUGUCCCAGCGACACUCCUCCGAGUGGAAAUCUUAUUUUUGUAGAUCUCUGUGCUUUGCUCUCAGCCUUGGAGAGGAAUGCCUGCCGCGCCC